CUUUUUUUUACUCUUUUUUUAUUAAAUUGCCGAAUUAGUGAUGACGUUCUUGAGUCUAUUGUAACACAAAUUCGUAAAUAUUAAUCAAUAAAAUGAAUGCAAAAAAUACUGAGGAUGACAACCAGUCUUCUCCUGCCCGGGAUAUUAUAGAAAGUCCACGAAAAAGGAUGCGCUUGGAAAACUCAGCACGCAAAAGUUGGAGUUUAAUGGACAGAAGGACUGAUACAGAGGUAUUUCAAGAAAUGGGGGUCAGCCUCUUGGACCCCGACGACGGGGACAGUAAUUGCGAUGCAGCGGCUGCUAAUAAUCACAAGCCAAAUCUGAAGCGUAAACGGGACAUAGAGAAUGUAAACCCCAACAUCAAUAGUAUAAUAAUGUCCCCGAGGAGCAAGUUCAGCCCCAAGUCCCCACGGGGCAAGCUGAGCCCCAGCCCCGGGCCGUCGAGGGUUAAAAGCCCCAGGAGCUCUGAGAAACUGAAACCGCUGCAGCCAUCCGACCAAAUAUUGGAGACGAGUCUCAGCAACGCUUAUUUAAUAGACGAAGAGACCCCUCUGGCUCAGUCGGUGAGCGCUGACUUUAAAGGGUUCAAUGCCAGCUUCUCCAGUGGGAAGAAGCGGAGUAACGAGAACAGUUUUUCGCGUCACAGCAUAGAUGACGUGAGAGUGCAAUCGUCACAUUCGUCGGCGAGUCAGGAUGACGUCACUACCGAAGGCGCCGACACGUUCUCGCUUCUGUCCGACGAGGUCAUCUUGGGAGUCAUGCGAUGGCUACCUAAACGCACUCUCGCGCACUGCAUGCUCGUGUGCAAACGCUGGUACAGAAUCGCGUGCACCGAAACGCUAUGGCAACGUUUAGACCUGGGUAACAAGACACUGUCCAAGGAUGCCUUGGGGAGGAUACUGAAUAGGAAACCUGUCAUCGUCAGAUUCGCUAGUUCAGAGAUAGGAGAAUGGCACCCAACUUCUACCCCAAUACAAUCACGCAUACAAUACCUAGACCUGAGCAUGUGCUCAAUAGACCAUCGGACACUAGAGCAAUUGCUCACCCGAUGCUCAGGACUCAGGAAGCUGAGCCUCGAGAGCGUGAGCCUGAGCCAAGCCACUCAUGAACUUAUUGGCCAUUGCAGUAACUUGGAAACGUUGAAUCUAACUAUGGCACAAAAUGUUACCGAUGAAGGCUUGUCUGCUAUACUGGAGGGAUGUAUUGGGCUCCAAUCACUAAACAUCUCCUGGUGCAAUCUAAACGAGGCAACGUUGAAUGUGCUGGUGGAAAUGCUACCACAGAAACUGCAGAGGCUAAACCUGAGCGGCGCUAGAACGUUGACCGAUGACAUGGUGGCAGCGUUGGUCGGCCGGUGUCCACGCCUUCUUGAACUGGACCUGUCUGACUGCUCUCGGCUCGCGGUAGCAUCGCUGACGGCGCUUCUAUCGCUCAGUAGACUAGAACACCUCGCUCUGAGCCGCUGCUACCUGCUACCACCACACGCUUUGACCAAACUGAGCAGCAUGACGGCGCUGCAAUACCUGGAAGUGUGGGGUAUGCUGCCCACAGCGUCCACGAAUGCGUUGCGAGCAGCCUUACCUGCGAUACAGAUCAACCAGUUCAAGUUUAGCGCCAUCUCCCGCCCAACUGUGGGCACCCGACGCACUUCCAUCUGGGGGCUGAGAACAAGAGACUGAAAAGAACUAAUAUUUAUUGUACAUAAUUUAUUUUUAGCUUUAAAUAAAAUAAAUAAA